CCCCGCCGGCAUCAUGUGGAGGGUCGCGUUGGCGGCCGCGUCGGCACUGCUGGCGGUGGCCUCGGUGCGGGCCCUCGACGGCCACCACCGCCUCCACGUCGGCCACCCCCGCCACGUCAAGAGGCAGGCGCUGGAGACCGAGUUGCUGGAGGGCUCCGGCGACGCCGGCGACUCCCCCUGGGGACUGGGCUGCCCGGAAGUGUGCACCUGCAGGGAGGGCCCGUUCAAGGAGGUGCCCUUGCGGAGGCUACUGGCCAUCCACGCCCACCACCUGAGCCUGGCCGAGGAGCCGCUGCGCUCCGACGUGGACGGGGCGCGCGUGGUGCGCCAGGCCGUGUGCGUCAUCCUCUCCGACGUGUUCGAGGACGUCAUCGCCACCCUGCCCGCCGACACGCAGGCGCUGACGCUGCUACAGAGCGCGGACGAGGCCGCCAUCGUGGUGACGGCGGGCCACCUGUCCCGCUUCGAGGGCCUCGUCUCCCUGGACGUGACUGCCUUCGCCGAGGCCGCCGUGCACCUCAAGAGCGACUCGCUGCGCACGCUGCCGCACCUGCGGCUGCUGUCGCUCACCGGCGUGCAGCUGGAAGGCGCGCUGGACGACGACAACGAGGUCAUCGUGACGACGCCGCCGCCACUUAGACCGCGCCGACGGCGCCUGCCGCCCUGGGCGUAUCGAACCGAUGACCAAAGCGAGGACACCCCCGAGCUGGUGUUCCUGAAGCCCGCCGAGGUCGUGUCUUUCUCCAAGUUCACGGAGCUGCGGCGCGUCAACGCGCUCCGGACCUUCGAGGGCCUGGACCAGCUGCUGAUGCUGCGCCUGCACUACGCCGACCUGGUCAACCUGGCCUGGGAGAUGUUCAACGGCCUGGACAGCCUCCAGGUGCUGUCCCUGGAGCACAACAGGCUGGCCUUCGUGCCCGACUGGUCGCUGUACGGCGCGCCCGCCCUGCGCUACCUGUCGCUGGCACACAACUCCCUGCUCGACGUGUCCUCCACGGCACUGGUGGGGCUGCUGGAGCUGCGCUUCCUGGACAUGUCGCACAACAACCUCACGCACUUGUCCGAGCUGUCACUGCCGCCCUUCCCCAAGCUGCGCGGCGCCGACUUCCGGGCCAACCCCAUCGAGUCGGUGUUCACCAACACGUUCCAGGUGAUGAACUCGACGGAGACGCUGCUGCUGGGCGGCACGGGCACGGCGCUGCAGCUGCACCAGGACAUGUUCCUGGGGCUGCGCGCCAUGCGCAGGCUGGUGGCCACGGACGUGACCGCCCCCGGGAUGCACCGCGACCUGCUGCGCGGCAUGCCCCGCCUCAAGGAGCUCACGCUGACGGGGGUCGUGCCCUCGCUGCCGUACGACGCGUUCGUCGAGGUGCCCAAGCUGGAGCGGCUGUUGCUGCGCCACUGCAGCAUCCGCCACGUGUCCAUGGACGCCUUCUACGCCCUGUUCGCGCUGCGGGAGCUCGACCUCAGCCACAACCUGCUGCGCGCGCUGCCGCCCAACCUGCUGGACCAGCAGGGCAGCCUCAAGGAGCUCCUGCUGACGGGCAACCAGCUCAAGGAGCUGCCGCCCGGCCUGCUGGACAACGUGCCCGCCAAGAUGGUGCGCCUGGACGGCAACCCCUGGCAGUGCUCCUGCGACAUGGCGGCCUGGAACCCCGCCGCCACCAACAAGGACAAACGGGAGGGCCGCUACGUGUACGAUAAGCGGGCCGCGCCGACGUGCGCCACUCCAGAGCCGUACGCGGGCUGGUCCGUCUACGACGCCAUGCGGAGGGGUUUCCGCUGCAACAAGAACCCCAGCCGUCACCUGCGCGCCAAGCCCAACGCGCUGCCCGGCGUCAUCCAGGGCCUCCUCGCGGACAACGCCAACAACGCCACCAGCGUGGACAACAGCCUGACGGCGAGCAACGGCCUGCCCGGCGUGGAGGCCAACAGCAUCGCGGUGAGCGCGGCGGUGGCCGCGAACACCAGUGUCGACGCGACCUCCACGCCGAGGACGCCGACGACGGUGACCGCCGCCACGGACAGUUCGUCCAGCACGGCCUCGGACACCGCGAGCAGCAGCACGUCGACGAGCGCCCCGCUGGACGCGAGCAGCACGACGUGGAGCACGCAGCGCGCGGUCCGCCGGCGCCCCGGAGGCCCCCGGCGAGGCAAGCCGCACAAGCAGCGGCAGGGGCAGCGCCAGGGCCCGCGCGAGGAAGGCGCCCGCACGGAGGACGGCAAGUACCUGCUGGCGGACGGCCAGGGCGGCUUCCACGCGGUGUCCUGGAAGGCGUACAAGGCCGCGCUGGAGGAGCGACGCGCCGCGCAGAGGACGACCGCAGCGCCUGCAGCGCCGCCAGCGGCGUAGCGGCGAACCAACCCAAACGCACAUUGCAGAACUGAAUGCGAGAGAUCGCUGUGUCUUCCGAGACAGAACACUGUGUGAUGUCCGACCGGAAAGGACGUCGCCGAGCUCCGUCGUCGACCUGGACUCUGUUGGAGUGAAGCCGAGACUUUGUCUGGCCGGCAGGCUGAUUUUUCGAUGUGGCCUGGCGCCUGGCUUGGAGCCGAUAGGCACCCCGUCGGACCAGCCUGCGUAGCGGCACGGCCUAACCUGGCUGUCGCAGGCGCUUGGCUGCGGGUAGGCAAGCCGUCAAAUGGGCCUGUGUAGCGGCACGGCCUAACCUGGCUGUCGCAGGCGCUAAGCUGCGGGUAGGCAAGCCGUCAAAUGGGCCUGUGUAGCGGCACGGCCUAACCUGGCUGUCGCAGGCGCUAAGCUGCGGGUAGGCAACCCGUCAAAUGGGCCUGUGUAGCGGCACGGCCUAACCUGGCUGUCGCAGGCGCUAAGCUGCGGGUAGGCAAGCCGUCAAAUGGGCCUGUGUAGCGGCACGGCCUAACCUGGCUGUCGCAGGCGCUAAGCUGCGGGUAGGCAACCCGUCAAAUGGGCCUGUGUAGCGGCACGGCCUAACCUGGCUGUCGCAGGCGCUUGGCUGCGGGUAGGCAACCCGUCAAAUGGGCCUGUGUAGCGGCACGGCCUAACCUGGCUGUCGCAGGCGCUUGGCUGCGGGUAGGCAACCCGUCAAAUGGGCCUAGCGGCACGGCCUAACCUGGCUGUCGCAGGCGCUUGGCUGCGGGUAGGCAACCCGUCAAAUGGGCCUGUGUAGCGGCACGGCCUAACCUGGCUGUCGCAGGCGCUUGGCUGCGGGUAGGCAACCCGUCAAAUGGGCCUGUGUAGCGGCACGGCCUAGCCUGAAUGUCACAGGCGCUUGGCUGCGGGUAGGCAACCCGUCAAAUGAGCCUGUGUAGCGGCACGGCCUACCCCGAAUGUCACAGGCGCUGAGGUCAUUUGGAAGCGCGAACCCAAGCCUACUUAUGCCGGUCUGAGAAUGAGGCUGCUCUGAUGUCCCCCCCCCCGAGGACUGUGUAUACUGCGAAAAAAUGACAUUGACGGCAUUUAUUUAUUUUUUGAAGUUGGCGAAAAAAGCUCAGACGGCGUGAGGUAACUCCAAUGUCGAUCGAGGGGCGAUGCCAAGAGCGGUCGACUUGCAAUAUCGCCGUGUGAAUCUCAUUUAGACCACUAUUUAGAUCACGAAGUAGUUGAAUUCAAAUCUGAUAGUUCAGUUCCCCUACGAGCAUGCCGCAGGAAAGUGUUCACGACCACUCUGUAGUUUUAUUUUUAUUUUCAAACCUGUGCAAUGUACUCUUCACGAGUCUAUCGCAGUAUUUAUUGUAAUCUAAGGAAAUUGUGAUAAUUUUACCUUUGUUUACUUUUGUCGUGAUGUUCACUAGCAGUAAAAAAAGGACAAGGAAAGGAGAACCACUGUAGCCGUAAAAUUAAGAUGAGUCCGCACCACGUGCAUUUAAUGUGUACAAACUGUCAAAGUACAAAAGAAACAGAAUACAUGAAUUGCAAAACA